UUACGUCGCGGCGCACGCAACCUGUUGUGCGGGCGCUAUCGACCGGGGCGAGGCAGUCCCGACCGCACCGCGCCCGGCGACGCGCGUCUAGAUAUGCAGGUGCCAGGCACCCUGCUCUAAACACAACAUCAGGAUGCACGCCGUGGGCCUCCACUCCGCGCUGGCCAUCCGCCGCGAGCGCAAGCGCCGUGCCGAGCAGCAGCGCGCCAAGGAGCGCCGCUACUCCCUGCAGUCCACCGAGUCCGGCGUCACCUCGCCGCACUGCUCCACCGGCAGCCUCGAGCGGCGUCGCUUCAAGAACACCCGCACCAGCGAGAAUGAAGUCGUCUCCUCCGUGGGCAUGCUCCAUCUCGGAGUCGUGUUCCUCGUCCUCGCCUUCUUCCUCGUCGGCUCAGGUUUACUCCCCGAUGACGUCACGUCUUGGAGCACCAUCGGCUCCGGCAACUGGUUUAACGAGCUAGUGUGGUCCGGAUUGUUCGCGCUCGGGAUAGGAAUAUUCUUGAUCGUGCUGCACAAAUACUUGACUAAGAGCGAGGAGCAGGCGCUGGAGGAGUACGUGCAGCGUCAGCUGACGCGAUCUCGGUCAGGUCACCGGCUAGAGAGAGAUACGGAGACGGGAGGUCAUACGACAAAGCACGCACGGCGAGCGCGCGCAGCUGAAGCCCUUCCCGAAACCAUUACAGAGACCUACACCGAGCCACCGCCGGAUCGAGCGCACGGCUUCGUCAACGCACUAGCCCUCAACGGCGACGCGCUCAGAGAGUCUCCACUCGAGCAGAUAGUGGAGGAGGAAUGCUCCCUGGCCUCGGAGAGCGAGAGGCGACUGGGCAAGUUCAACCGCGACACGUACUCGACGCCGUCGGUGGCGCCGAGCCUCAGCCCCGGCUCGCCCUCCGACACGCGCGAGCUGCUGGCCGACGGCCGGUACCUGGUCAUGUCGCGGAUGUGAACGACCACGCCUUCCGGGCUCCUUCGCAUUCUUAGUGCCACUUGAUUGUACCCUGACAAUUUACUUUGGUCCUUAAACUGGGUUUCAGUGCCGCUCGAUUCCUACUUUAAUCCGAUGACUUUUGAGGCGGGGCGUGUCCGGGUAGUGUCGUCUAUCGAGGUCUUCAGCGGCGCCCGCGCCCCGCCCCGUGGUGUAUGCUUCGGCGCUUGCGGCAGACUAUCAGUGGCGUUACUUAAAUCAACAGCUUCUCUAUUUUAUAUUUUAACAGACGGACCAACUCUCGGUAGAUUUUAGUGUUAAGUCUUAACGCGUUAUCCUCUUUCAAUUGCAGUUGGAAUCUAAAAAAAAACGGUCGGAAGCUAUUGGAAAAAACGAUCAUUAAGUCGAAUUGCAAUUCGAAGAGGUGAUAACGUAUUGUAUAUUUUAUCAAUUAUCUAUGGGGAUCCGUAUGUAUUGGCUUGAGACUGAUUGUUAAUAUACUGUACUUAUACCUGACGGUUUUAUACGAUAUUAAUUACUGUUUGUUUGCCUAUUACUUCACUGUUUACACAAAAUACUUUGUAUUCUUGAUAUUGUAUAGUUCUACUGUCAACUAUACCUGACGCGGCGAACGACGAUCCGUUUGACAGUUCCUCUAAAUAGCUUUUCGAUAGACAUAAUUAAAUAAAUAAUUUAAGAAAUAGGUUUUACAUUAUUUUUGUUACAUUUAAAAAUAAAAAAAUGUAUUAAAUUACCAAACAAAGUCAAGAAACCUUUGACAUAGACAGUUACUGCAUACAAAAAUGAACUUUCAUAAAUAAUUUGAUUUAUUGAGGAUAGAUUGAGGGAUCAUCAUUCGCCGCGUCAAGUAUAGUUUCACUUGAUCUGAGUAGUUUUAACGGAAAGGAUUAGCGGUCAUGUUUAGUGAUUACAAUUUUAACCCUUUUUAAUUAUCUUUAUUGAGACGAAAAGAAAAUUUACCUCUUAACUGGAAUGUAGUUUAAAAUAACAGCCCGUUUUUGAAUUUCAUACAGUCUUCGAAUCAAGUGCCAAAAUAUUUAGGGCAUUUUUUUCUAUAUGCGAUAAAAUUCACAGCAGCUUUAACAGAUCUUGUAGUUUAUUUACUGUGAUUCACUCUGCAUUUAUAAGGUUGUAAUUUGUAAUUAAUUUAGUUAAUAUCCUGCAUAUUAAUAAUUCGUUUGGUUGUGGCUGUGACAAGGAGCGACUGCGAGCGACGAACUGGCGAGUCGUCGAUAUGUAAACCUUUGCCUUUUGCGAAAAAGGACGGAAGUCUAGUUGUAUCUACUUUCGCGGAAGGUACAAAUAUAUAUUGAUAUAUAUAUAGUGAACAUUGAUAUUAAUUAUAAGCUUAAGGACACGAGCUUAGCUUCACCAUGCUCAAACUUUAAACAUUAUACUUAGUUUUAUAACUUUCCCUCUCCUAGUAUUUUCAACGUCCUUUUUAAUCUUCACAAAGGUCUAUGUGAUAAUUUUUAAGGCGAAAUCCCAACACAUCCUACUAAGUUGUGAAUAUAACACCAAAUUGAAAAAAUAUCACAUUUACCAUGUAUAGUUUUUUGGAUCCUAGCUCUAAACUAAUGUAAGUGCUGUCUAUAGCAUUGCCUUAUAACGAACUGUCUCACCAGGUGUGUGUAAUGUAUGAGCACAAUUUAACUACUAAAUAACUAAUGUACUGUGACAGAAAAAUAUCAAAUUAUGACGCAAUCUGUACAGUGUACCCCUAGUGUAAAUAAUUCGAUAACCUGACGU